UUCCAAAUGAUCAUCUUUGGAACGCACUAACCUUCAAUGGUGUAUGGCGUUGAAAAUGCUAGCGAAUUGUUUAGAUACCGCUCUUUUUUUCUUUUAUGUAUUUAUUUCUGUAGCGUUUGGACGCGAUUAUUUAAAUAAUAAUUACGGAUUUGUUAAACGGUAAUGUUAUGUUAUGUUAACAAUGUUACUUAAACCUUCAAAUCUGUCAAUCCUACUGUCAUUUCUGUUUAGUAAGUGGUGGUAUGCACAUUUAAGUAUUUCAAUAUGAAAGUUUUCUUGAUAAAUGUAAUAUAACAUUAACAAGUGUCAUAUUAUUUUGUGAGUUCAAUGUGAAAAAUUAUGGAAGAAGAGUUCGAUGAUAUUGAUGUUAAUAAUGAAUUUUUAUCCCAGUCGUACAUCCAAGGCAUCAGUAGAUUUAGGCUGCCAACUUUCUUGUUGGAUUUAGUGUUCUUAGGAGUACAUUAAUAUAUAUGUUAAAGGAUCGAUUACCAAUAAAAUUAUUUCUUGCCUCGUUAUCUGCACAAAAUCUACAACAGCCUAAAAGUUGAUAUCGGAUAACAGGAAGAAAAGAAGAAGAUGUUUCCAUAUUUAAUAUUCCGGAGGAAAUUAUUCUGAAGCGUAAGGAAGUUUGGAACAAACUGUUCCUAAAGUAUUCAGAAAAUGUUUCAGAUGAAACAGAACUUGAUAUUCACACGUUUGAACCUGUUGAAGAAAAUAAUAAAUCUCAUGAAUUAGAGCCUCGCUUACCUAUGCGAAAACCUUCCUACCAAGUACAGUACUGGGUAGAUACUGGAAUGCCACCCUACAAAGCACUGGAUGAGAAUAAUCACUCUGAUCCUGGAUCAUCCCUGAGUGAAUACGAACAAUCACCACUGUCAGCAUCUAAUCAUUUUAAAUUGGCUCAGUGUGAUAAUAUUCAACCAGCCGUUCGUUGUACAUCCUCCAGCAGUUCAAUAGAUACUGCUGUUUAUAUCUUAUCGAACGCAAAUACCACUAAGAAAGCUGAUACCAUUGCUAUUAUGGAAGGUGCAAAGCCUUAUAAUAAUGCAGAUGCAUCGGGUAAUGCUGCCAUCGUCAUAAAUCAAUGUAAAACUCCAAUACCUGUCCCGAAAUCUAUUUUGCAACCUCAAACAGUGGCAUCAGAUAUUCAUAGCGAAACAACUGAAAUUAUAUUCCAUAACAGGAACUCACAACGUCCUAGUGGUCCACUGAAAAAUAAUAAAAAUACAAGAUCACCUUUAAUUUUGGACAAUGAAAAAGAAAAUUCAUUAUCUGACGAUACACAGACGGAUAACGAGUUAAAUUGCUCGUUAACAUCGGUUCAUUUUGAAAGAUUAUUGAAAAGCCCACUUUUCAAUAAUACAUUUUACAAUAAAACAGCUCAAUAUAGUUCCAAGAAACCCGAUAUAUUGGAUGUGCCUUCCCAGUCAACAUCAACCGCAUACAGGGCUCAGAAUGCUAAUAAUUUGGAGAGCGAUUCCAGUGAAGAAACAUCUCAGCGUGUUUCAAUGAAAAAAUCGCUGAAGAAAAGUCGAACUCGAAGAAUGGCCAGAGCAGACAACGCUGCAUCAAAAGCAUUGCAUCGCAGAAAAUUAUAUACAGACAGAAACUCACCAGUGGAUCUUAUCACUCCUGUUGUCAAGAACGUUGGUAAAUUAUCUCCAAUCAAAGAAGCUGUAAAGGCUAAACAAAGUUUACACCCCGCUUUGGAAACUCCUCAUUCUACACAAGAUAAAACUUCGAUGAUAAUGAGGCGCGCCAAAAUGCGAGCGCGGAUGAAAAUGAAAAGAGCAUCAUUGCUUUCGUCAACUCUCGGUGAAACCAGUCAUGAGAGUGAUCCUAGUACGUCAAUUAACUCUACUAUACCUAACAACGAAUCCGUGAAUGACGCCACAGAACUUCAGGAAGUCACAGCAGCUAAGGAGCAAGAUACAGCGAUUGCUCCCUGUAACUUGGGUGAAACAUGGAAAGUUCUAUCUGCUAAUUUGAAUCCUGUAGUUCGACUACAACGAAUAGACGUUGAAUCAUGGAUGAAAUUAAUGACAUCGGAAAGACGUAAUACGACAAUCGAGGAUAAAAAUCCGGUGAACCAAUGUACACUGACAAAACAGAAUUUGUUGGACAUGGAAGAGCGGAUAAGAAGUGCCAAUAAUAAUGCCAUUACGUAUUCCAUUACGAAAUGUUCCUAUGUAGAAACAGUUGAUAGUAAUCAGAGUACAAUUAUUAUGUGCAAGUGCACUGAUAAUUCAGUACAAUCAAAGACAUUGAACGAUAGCCGUUGUAAUGAUAAUUUUGAUAUUGUGAAGCAUUGUUUUGAUAGUAGUAAAAAUCCACUAGAAGAAGAUAUUGAUUGUGAGAAUAAUAACAACAGCGCAGCGCUCGAAGAUGCGUUGAAAUUGAGAAUGUCAAUUGAAGCGUCGAAUAAGCGUCCCGAACAUCAAAUGGAUCAAGAAGCCAUCGAUGGUGCUGAAGUUCCAGAAAUCAUGAAAGAAUCAGAAACUCGUGAUAGAAUAGUUCCGUCGUUGGAAUUACGAAGAUCGGAAACUGAAAAGAUAUCUAAGUCUUCGGUAAGAUUAUUGCCAAGGAGUGUAGAUUUGCAAAAUCAAUCAAAAACAAAUUGGCAGCCCAAAGUGGAUCCAGUGAAAAAAAAAUUUAAAAGGGUUUUAAGAAGUGCAAACAGACAAAUUAGAUCAAAUAUGUCUAAGAGUAAUAUUAAAAUGACUCUACGUAAAAGAUCCCAAGAGCAAGUUGAUCGAAUGCAGGAAAGUGACGAUGACGAGAUAUCAUAUACGUCAUCAUCAAUAAAAAGCUACAUAAGCGACAUUAAAAGCAUUGAAGAGACCAAGAGGGAAGCAAUAGCGAAUGCUGAAAAAUUAAUCAUACGAUUGGAAAGGUUGCCUUCAAACAUAUUACCUAAUAAAAUUAGAAAAUAUGAAAAUUCUGGCAAGAAAAGUAAAGUUGUCGAGUUUAAGGAAAUGCCAAGAGAAUGUCAAAAAUUAUCAGAACAAUUGAAAGUCGUUAAAUUUACUAAGAAACUCCUUAGCAAGUUUCACAAUAACAGUAACAAUGCAUUAGACAAUAGUUUAUCCUGCUCAGAGGAAUCUUCCACCAGUGACAUAACAAAAGAAAUUGAUAUCAUUAAAAAUCCCAGGACAAUGAUAAAUAGCAAUUCCUCAAAGAAUGGUUCGACUACUAUUGUCACUAUAGGAACAUCAACAAAGAGUAUUUGCAUGUCGAGUGGAGAUUGCAGUGAAUCUAUUUUGAAGUCUAGUCAGAGUGCUAAUUGGCUAACUUUAGAUCUAAUGUCAUCUGCCAAUGAGGAUGAUGAUAUUUUCAAUGUUGUCAAAUCUACUGAAAAGAAUAAGCGAAGGAAAUCAAUGAGAAAAAUUUGCAAUAUUUCUGACACAUCGAGUACGAAUUCAUCAACAAGAAUAACGAGGAGUAGGGCUUCUUCCCUUAAGAAAUCUAGUAAUGUUAAAGAACAAUCAUCAGAUGUCCCCAAUAAAAUGGAGAAAACUAAAAGAAACGACUACAGUUCCAGUGAAAUAUUAAGCAAAGACAGUAGAAAAGGAUCAGACACUUCCAGCACAAUAAAAUCUAGAGAAAUAUUAACAGUUAAUGAUAUAAUAUACAAUUCUAAAAGAAUCACUCGUAGUCGUAGUAAGACUUUACCGAUUUUGUGUACAGAAACUGGUUGGAGGACUAGAAAAAUUCAGAGAACUACAAGAAAUAGACUAUGUGGAAGUGCAGAAAAUAUGAGCGAGUCUUCCGAUACUUUGCAAAAUUGCGGCCAUUCUGUUCAAUCACGAAAACUUAGAUCGUCUAAUUCAUUAAUAUCAUCAGACUCAUCUGCAGUGUCACGUGUUAAAAAGAAAACUUCUCCACUCGUGACAUUAAAUCGGCGAUCCAAUUUAAAAAAAUUACCCAAGAAAUCUUUUGAUGAAACAGUCAUGACUUCUAAUUCUGCAAUGAUAUCUACAAGAAGUAAAGGACUUAUUUAUGAAAACGGUUUGAAACCAGAAAAUGCGAAAUCUACCUCACCGAGAAAAUCGCAGACGCCGCUUUUGAAAAAAGCUGAAUGCACUUCGCAGUGUACUAGAGUGCUCCCAGCGUCAUUAGAUUCCACGUCUGAUUCAACUGACGGAAUUAUCGUGGAUCAAAAAUCGAUUGGUUCGAUUCUUAAAAAGAGAAAACUAGACAAAGAUGUUCAGGAAAAAUCAGUUUUACCAAAGAAUGUCAAUGAAAAAACUAUGAAUUUAUCAAAAUUUCGUGGAAAAUACAGAAACAACGUUUCGGACAUGUCAUCCUCAUCCAGUGACCUAAACGGAAGAUAUACAAAAUUAUUAUCACCAACCAAAAGUAAAUUUACAAGAUCAAAAAACAAUUCUCAAAUAAAUACGACAUGCGCAAAAUUAACGAAUGAAACAAAAUCAAUCAAGCCUAAUGGAUCGUUAACAUUAAUAAAAUAUUUUAAUAAUACUUCCGACGAAUCUCUCAUUAGCUUUAGUUCGUCGCGUGACAAUUUUGAAAAAUCUAAAAAAAUUAGUAUUACAGAAGAUACCAUGCGGAUAUCAGUUGGCAAGAAAAGUUCUGAAGUUGAAAAACCUGUCGUUUAUCAAGCGAUAACUUUUCAUCAAAAUUCAGAAUCUGACGACUACUAAAUAUUAGGCACUGUAUCAUUUAUAAAUUAUAUAUUUGACUGUACAUUGUUGUAAUCAUUAGGUUAUUAGAUACCUUAAUAUUUUGUAAUAUGCGUUAAAUAGCUUUAAAUUAAUUAAUUACAGUUAAUGUUGCUGACUGAUUCGUAGAAGAAAGUCUUAUAAACGUCCUACGGUACUAUUAAUAUAAAGCCUUGGUAACUUAAUCAGUGAAUUUUGUUAAAAAGAUAAAUAGGAAAAAAAUGUUAUAUUUUUAAUUACUAAUAUAUCCUGUAAAUCCUUUAUUCAAACUUAUCCCAGUUUUGAGUGACUCUCGGCGAGAAUUGGUUAUUCAUACUAAAUACUGUGGACCGUAUUAUCAGUGAAAAAGAGAAAAAUGUUCCUAAUUUAUAUUCUAAUAAAAAAAAAAUUAAUGUACAUUCAAAAGAGAGAGAGGAGCAACUCCAACUUUUCAAUUUCAUCCCUGUGAUUCUUCCAGCCAAAGCGUUACUUAUUUAGCAAAACUCACAAAGAUUAUUAUUAUUAUUACAGUAUUCUGUACAGCCAUUAAUGAUAUGUUUAUCGGAAAAAGACGUAACUGAAGUUGAUGAUCCACCUGUCAAACUAUUUAUUAGAUUUUCAAUUCUUGGAGUUGUGCUUCGCCUUCUUAUUUUUCUGUAUCAGAAUUGCCUACGGUAACUAACGACCUGAAUAAAUAAUAUUUUAACAAUC